UAGUACAGUAAUAGUAGUCAUUGAAAUAUUAUGUCAGAUAAAGACAAUUUUAUGAUAUUUCUUUCUUUAUUUCUGUUGUCAAAGCAGAGUUUUUGGGAGGAAAUGUACAAGAGUAAGAACCUACAUGGUGGUAGGAGCUCUUCUCAUGCUCCUUUAUCUCCAUGAAGAUUCUACAACUGACUACAAAACCGUCCGCCACCACGUAGAUGUGAGAAAGGAUGGCAGUUAAACAAAGACACCAACCACAAAUACGUCCUACUCCUGGCCAAGAUACGAACAGAACAUGCCUGCUGCCAACAUCACACUUCACCUCCCUUCUUCGUGCAUAUAAAACACAUAUCUCUACUAUAUAGACUGCCGACAUUUCCCCAUGCAAAUAGAUAUUCCUGAAAAAUGUGGAGGAGCUGAUGGAUCCGCAGAAGUCUACUAGUCAUCAGAAGCUCCCCUGGGAAUCACGAUCGUUGAGAGAUGCUGCGCAAAGCCUGGGCUAACGAGAGGUUACACAAUGGUGUUUGGAUCCGAAGGAUCUUCAUCUCAGGAACGACGGGCGCUGGUUUUGAGAAAGAGAGACUGAACAAAGUCCUUGAGCUGGAGUACAACGACAUCCACCAAUGGGACUUCAGCGACACAUUCUACAACCUCACCUUGAAGCAGAUACUCUUCCUAGAAUGGAUGAAAGGAAACUGUCCACACGUUUGCUUCCUGCUAAAUGGUGAUGAUGAUGACGUAGUUGCCAACACGGACAACAUAGUCGAGUAUCUCUAAAGCCUCAAGGACAAUAAUGGAAACAAACACCUCUUUACUGUCCAUUUGAUUCAGAAUGUUGGGCCUAUUCGAUUACCUCAGAAAAAGUAUUUUAUUCCAGUUCAGGUGGAGGAGUCAGACUUAGUAUAUCCUUCCUACUGCGGUGGGGCCUUCCUUUUGUCUGGCUACUCAUGUAAAGUAUAUUUAAAACAUGGCAGUAUAGGUAUUACA